AUGAUCGACGAGACAAGCGGUCUACCAUACUACUACCACACCAAGACCGAAGAAACGCAAUGGGAGCGACCUCAAGCCUUCGUUAUACCAUUAGGCGUCCUCCAGAAUACUGCUCUCGGCCGUCGGCUAUCUCUUCGUCACAAGUCGCGAAAUGAAGCAGCUCAAUCUGGCCCUACGACUCUCCAGAGGUCAUCAUAUCAUCGAUCCCGUUCGUAUUCGAAUGAGAAAGACUCGCCGCUGCGCCAUCAUGACGCCGGGAAUGAUAUGGAAAAGCGCCGUUCGCCAACCUCUCCACGUGCAUCCCCUGCAAAGAACCCUCAAUCUCGUUCCGUAUCAGGACAGAAACAACAAACUAGCCAAAGAUCCACUUCUACCAGCGAGCAUCUUCUCGCAGAUCCAAAUGCAAAUGGCAGUCCUCUCUCAUAUCCUCGAGGUCACCCACUGGCGCCCAUUCCUGGCUCCCCAUAUACGUCAGAUGCAUCGUCUGAGCAUCCGUCGUCCGCACGAACAUCGAUGUCUACCGCUUCACUCAGUGAGCGCUAUUCGAAGGGGAAAGAGAAGGCUCACCCUCCCGAAUCAACCGCGAAUGCAGGCGAAGCCGCCUAUAGUCGUCCGCACUCGAAGCCUCCCCAAUUCCUGUCAUACCGGUCUCCGGAACCGCAGAGCUUGACUGCGGCUUUGGAAUUGAUUGCUCUGUCCGAUCCAAAGCCUUGCGUGUCUUCUCAGAACCAGAGGCACUCUUCGGAGGGUGGAUGUGCGGGAGAUUUCCCUAAUAAUUCGUUAGAAAACCCGACUAGAUUACGAGUGAAUGUGAGCCCAAGUAUGAACAGAUCUGUCACCGCACCAGCGUCUCCGGUGACUACUAAGUGCAACAAGAAGGACAUCGCUAGUAUCCCACCCUCUUUUCAAAAACCUAUACCGCGCUCCCCUGCCCUCAACGAGCGUAGCAUCUCGAUCCCUGAUCCAGUCUCUCUGAAUGGAAAGGUGAUCAGCAGUCCAAUUUAUAACGCAGCAGAAGCCACCUUAAACCUGAAUCCCAAGAUGAACCGUCUACCCAUUGAUCUGUACCGGAAGGGAACUGGAGGGAUGGCCAGCUCGUUGAGUACCGGCAAGCACCAUGUAUUGCCUGAGGAGCUGUCUUCGGACAUCCAGCAGUUCGCGGAAUCUCAAUUCGCAAGGCAAUAUUUUGCUACGCAUCGGACUGGCUUUCUGUUCAAGCGCAAGAUCCCGGUCGCACAGCUCUUGGCGUGGCAAAAGGCUUCUUUAGGCUCUCCUCUCCUCGUGCUCAACAAGGCAUUGCACAAGAACGCGCUGAAGAUAUUCAAGGUCAUCCAGCAUAUCAUGGGAGACAAAGAUCGUGAUCGGUCCACGGGUGUUCGCAUGGGUACGGAGAACCACAUAUCCAUGGUAGCAUCUAUCAAUCAUUCGACAACAUCGCUGGUCUCUAAUGCUUCCUCUGUGUUACUGGAGGAGGAACGCUGGCUGCUCAGUGAAGGUCUUGCACACGGGGAGCUGAGAGACGAGGUGUACUGCCAAGUUAUGAAGCAAUUGACAAAUAACCCGAACCCUGAAAGCAUCUUCAGAGGCUGGCAAUUACUCUGUGUACUCCUUAUCACUUUUCCUCCGUCGAAGGAUUUCGAACCUUUCGUGCGAUCCUUUCUGCACCAGGCUACGAAACAACAAGAGGGCCGUGUGGAUGUCAUGGCGAAGUAUUGCCUCCGAAGGCUUGCAUAUAUAUCGAGGAAAGGACCGAGGGGCAAAGCACCUACAGUAGCAGAGAUUGAGACGGCAUCCGAUGCUGCGUUCCAUCCGUCCAUCUUUGGCGAAACUCUGGACACGAUCUUCAGACUGCAGGAACGCACCUAUCCGCAUAUGAAAGUUCCGAUCAUCCUUCCAUUCCUUGCCGACGGGAUCCUAGCUCUAGGAGGGACUAAGACCGAAGGGAUCUUCCGAGUACCGGGUGAUGGUGAUACGGUCUCCGAUCUCAAGCUGCGAAUCGACAAAGGCUACUAUAGCCUAGAUGGCGUCGAAGAUCCCCACGUUCUGGCUUCUCUAAUAAAGCUAUGGCUGCGAGAGCUGUGCGAUCCUCUGAUACCCGAUGAAAUGUACUACGACUGCAUUGCUAGUGCAAGAGAUCCCGCUGCCUGCGUGCAAAUCGUGCACAGGCUUCCUACGAUCAAUCGACGAGUUGUCCUCUUCGUGACCAGCUUUCUGCAGCUCUUCUUGGAAGAGAAAGUUCAGGCUGUCACGAAGAUGACGUCGCCUAACCUGGCUCUCGUCAUGGCCCCCAACCUUCUCCGCUGUACCUCUGAUUCUAUCGCGGUGGUUUUCACCAAUGCUCAAUACGAGCACACCUUCGUUCACAAUCUUUUGCUCCAUCUGCAAUGCGAUGCCAUAGAUCCCGAUUACAUACCCACUCACGGACAAGGCGCUAUAGCGGCAUCUACAAUGCCGCCGGUAUCCUCACAUCCCCGCCGCCGUAACUACUAA